AUGGCUCAGGCAUCCCCCACCUUCACACCAGACUGUGAAUUCACCGAACUCGAAACCCCGCGCGGGCCUAGGGGUGGAAGCUUAUCGAUAUCUGCCUUGGCCCGGUUCGAAUUCGAGGCGGGCAAAGGAAACGACGGCACUAAGAUCCUGAUGAUCGAGUGGGAGGACGAUGAUCUCACUCGAUCGUCUGUUGAAGGAUCGUGGCAUGUAUCCUGGGCUGGAAAGACAUCUGUAUUGCCCGCCGAUGAACGGCCGAGUGAUAGCUUACGGCGCUUUUACUUCUUGCUUCCGCCGCAUGCCACCAUCCCUCCUGUCGUCACCCUUUCAUACGAGCCGCGGUCUGCGCCUUCAGAGGCAAAUGACACCACCGUCCCUCCACCUUCGAAGGCACGGGAAGCUCUUCAGCUCAAUCCCCUCCCCGCCAUAUUUCCUCCUGAGUUGGGUGCCACAGGCCGUGCAGCGGGCAAGAAGGGCGUGUUGCACACAAUUUGGGGAAAGAAAAGACUCCGCGUUCUUGAGAAAGAGAUCGCUGCUGAAUCUCAGAAUAAUGUAGAAGGAAUUGCUCUGCACAUGGCCAUUCAAGAGAAGGAGUGGAUUGAGGAUAACUUCGGCGUAAUUCCGCGAGCUGGUGACGGCCUCGGCAGCAGCCACGAUUCCUCGAAUUCGUCCUCUGUGUAUCCCGCAACUCCUGUGUCACCUAUCAGCGGAAGGAAGCUGUCCGACAAGCUCAAAGGACUGAAGCUGCAAACUAGUGAGAAGGAAUUGUCGACGAAUGGUGGCUCACCUCCAGAUACUGCCCAUCUCCUGUCGCCCCAGUCGCCUGAUGUUGCCGUUUCUUCGUUCAGCUCCUUCCGCAAGAACAUCCAUUCCAUGCCGACGCCAGUCACCAAUCCCACUUCAACUCCAAUGUCAACUAACAACCCCUCGGCCCCCGAAUCACUUAGGCCUGUAGCUCUCUUCCCCCCAGAAGAUAUACAGGAAGCCCAGCAAAACAGUGGACCCACCGGAUUCGCAGCCAUGGGCAGCGCGCUCACCCACGUCCCGAGCAACGACAGCGACGAGCUGUUCGCAAAGGCCCUGAGCCCGCGCUCACCGGAUCUUCCCCGGAGCCCAUUCUCGUUUACUUGA